AUGUUUACCACUAAAAUCAAACCCUUUUUCGACUCUCUCCCACAACGACCUUCACUCCACCAAAUCAAACAAACCCACGCACACAUCAUCGUUUCAGACCAAUCCCAAUCCCGUCUCAUCCCUCACAUUCUCUCUUUACUUUCUCUCUCUACAUUCCCACUCUACUACUCCCUCUCCGUUUUCAACUCAAUUUCCUCCCCAACAGUUUUCGCUUUCAACUCCAUCAUCCGUUGCCACGCCAAAUCAAAUUCACCUCCUUCCAACUCCAUCAAACUUUACUCCUCCAUGCGACGUCGUUUCCUCAAUCCCAAUCAACACACAUUCACUUUCCUCCUUCACGCAUGCACCAAAGGGAGAACUUUCACGUCCACGUCCACCACUACCUCAGGUGUUCAGGUUCAUGUUCAUGUGAUCAAACUUGGUUACGCGCGCCAUGUGUUUGUUCGAAACGCGCUUAUUCAUUUUUACUUUGAGGGUUUUUCAACGACUGAGUAUUCCAAAAGGGUUUUUGAUGAAGAUACGGAUACCCUUUGCAGUGAUGUUGUCACGUGGAACUCCAUGUUGGCUGGUUUGGUUAGGAGAGGAGAGGUUGGUGUUGCGGAGAAGAUGUUCGAUGAAAUGCCGCACAGAGAUGUUGUUUCUUGGAGUUCUAUGAUAAUGGGGUAUGUUCAAAAUGGGAACUUGGAAGAUGGGUUGGAGUGUUUUAGGUUAAUGAGGGAGAGAGGGGUAAGACCCAAUGAGGCUAUUUUGGUUACUGUGCUAUCUGCUUGUUCUCAGAUGGGUUUGUUAGGGUGUGGGAGGUUUAUUCAUUCCACGAUUGAAUCUUUGAGAUUUCGAAUUAGUGUACCGAUUGGAACUGCUUUGGUUGAUAUGUAUGCAAAGUGUGGUUGCAUUGAAGAGUCGAGAGUUUUGUUUGAUAGUAUGUUGAAGAAGGAUAUAUGGACUUGGAAUGUUAUGAUUUGUGGGUUGGCUUCACAUGAUCGUUCAAAAGAAGCACUUGCGUUAUUUCAUGAGUUUAUACGUGAGGGUUUUAGUCCGGUGAAUGUGACUUUUGUUGGAGUUUUAAAUGCUUGUAGUAGGGCUGGUUUUGUUGGUGAGGGGAAGCGUUACUUUAAGUUGAUGGUGGAUGGUUAUGGAAUUCAACCGGAGAUGGAGCACUAUGGGUGCAUGGUUGAUCUUCUGGCUCGUGCGGGAUUAAUAGAUGAAGCGGUUCGGUUGACUGAGACAAUGACUGUUGCACCGGAUCCUGUAAUGUGGGCAACACUGCUUGAUGCUUGUAAGAUUCAUGGGUUGGUGGAAAUGGGAGAAACAAUUGGAAAUAAGUUGUUAAGGUUGGAUCCGACGCAUGAUGGUCAUUAUGUGCAGUUAGCUGGAAUCUAUGCAAAAGCAAGAAAAUGGGAAGAUGUCGAUAGAGUUCGAAGGUUAAUGGUUGAGAGAGUUGCCAAUAAAGUUGCGGGUUGGAGCUUAAUUGAAGCGGAUGGUAAAGUUCAUCGCUUUGUUGCAGGAGACAGAGACCAUGACUAUUCUUCAGACAUUUACAGAAUGCUUGAAAUAAUAGGACUGAGGAUAACUGAAGCUGGUUACUCACCAGAACAGCUAUCCUGUGUAGCAUGA